UCUACGGUACAGUCGAGGAAGAAGGUUCCCGUAGAUUUGACAUUAUUGACUCGAGAGCAAGAGCAGCAUUAUCCUAUGAGAGCAAGCCGUCUAUGAGAGCAACAGCCAAAGACAUAGGAUGCACAAUGUCCGAGCAGUCUCCAGCGGACCGUGAACGCCCAAGGAAUGCGGCCUUGGUGUGUUUGGGUCCCAUUGGAAUUGACUACAACCCUACUGAGGAGGAGAGGAAGGUGUUCAGGCAAUGCAAUCAGGAAAGCUUCUGGUACAGAUCUCUCCCUAUAUCUGCCACCAGCAUGGCCUUCACUCAGUUCCUUAUUUCUAGAGGAGCUCUUACGUCCUCUGGCAGAUUUGGAUCAUUGCCUAAAGUAGUUUUUGCUGGUGUUUGUGGGUACCUCGGAGGGAAGAUAUCAUACAUGAAGACAUGCCAGGAAAAGUUUAUGAGCUUGGAGAAUUCACCACUAGGGGAGGCACUGAGACAGAAACAGCAACACCAACCACCAAAGUUUCCUAGUGAGCAGCCAGGGUUGAGUGAUCCAAACAAAGCUGAUUUUGAGCCUGUGUUUCAGCUUGAUGAUCAGAGGGAUCAGUCGGCCUCCUACGCCAGUGAUUUCACUUACACUAACCCCAUGCAUACAACAAACCACUCUGGCACUCAAAUUACAGCAGAAUCAUCUUACAUUGAGGAUGAUGCACAGAAGAAACAUGUUCUAUACAAGGACCUACAGAGUAAGAACAGGGAAAACUAUGAAGUCACAAUGACUCAGAAACCAGACGCAUUGCCGAAGUCUUCGGCCGAUUCCACCCCAACCAAGAGAGGGAAAAAGAAUAUAUAUGGAGACACAUGGGAGGAGUGAGAGCUGCUUCAACACACUGUUUCACUGUCUGUAACUGAUGUGUUUUACAAUAUACAUGUCUAACUGUGUCUGAGAGAUGAUUUUCAUUGACUUUGUACAAUUUAUUGGUUUCUAAAUUGUUCACAGCUCACUGUAUUAUCUAAUAAUAGCAGCAAAAUUUUGAAAUUGUGAGGAUACAGUUGACAGCUGAAAAUUGACAGCUAUGGUACUUACAUUUACGUUUAUUGAUUUAUCAGACGUGUUCAUCCAAAUCAAAUGACUUUUCACUUGCAAAUGACGAAUACAAGCAAAAAUAUUUGUGUGAGUUUAGCACACCAUGAAAGAGGCCAUCUACAAGAUCAGACUAUUUUUUCGCUCAUUUCGUAAUGACUGGUCAUCAGGUCAUACUGUUGUUUAAUAUUUGAGAUUCAUAAACCCCUAAUGGAAAGAGUAUUAAUCAACAAGUAUAAUUUUAAGACAGACUGGUCCACAAUAAUUGUGGUUAAUACAUUUUAUAUAAAAUAUUUUGAAUUCAAUUUAUACUAUAUAGACAUUAAAAAAUAGGCAUACAUUCAGGAGUAAAUGGAACUAAAAUCAAGUUGGGCAUGUUUUAUUUCUGUACACAUUGUACAUAAAUACACUGAAAUAUUUUUUUGAAAAAUAAAGACGAUGUCCCUGGGAUUUAGGAUGACAUCAGACAAGA